ACUACUUAUCCGCUUAAGAAAAUACACUGAAACUGAACUCUUCGUAACCCGGAAGAAGAAAUGGCAGCCAUGGCUAAAAGCUCGGAUUUUGGAGCUUUCAUGGAGAAAUUUACUCUUCAUCCAACCUCUUCAUCCGAUCAAAUGCCCUUAAAUGGCCUCACUUUUGCUAUUAAAGACAUAUUUGAUGUGAAUGGAUACGUGACUGGGUUUGGAAACCCUGAUUGGGCAAGGACCCAUCAGGCCGCCACUUCAACGGCCCCCGCUGUGUUGGCUGUCUUAGGUGGAGGUGCCACCUGCGUUGGCAAAACUGUAUUGCCUGAGAUGGCAUACAGUCUGAGAGGAGAAAAUAAACAUUAUGGGACACCCAGGAAUCCAUGUGCACCAGAUAGGGUACCUGGGGGAUCUUCAAGUGGAUCUGCUGUUGCAGUAGCAGCAAAGCUUGUAGAUUUCUCCCUAGGAACUGAUACUGGAGGAAGUGUCAGAGCCCCUGCAUCUUAUUGUGGAAUUCUCGGGUUUCGACCUUCACAUAAUGUUGUCUCUACUGCUGGAGUUACUCCUUUGGCACAGAGUUUAGAUACAGUUAUUAUUCCAGAGGAUUGUUUCUCCCUGUCAAGCAUUCCGAGCAAUCGAACAAUUGAAGUUCUUAUAAAAUCAGUGAAGAAGCUCUUUGGAGAUCAUAUUGUAAAGCAUGUUAACCUUGGGGACUACGUGAAGGAUAAAGUACCAAGCUUGCAAAAAUUCACGAACGUGGGAGAUGGAGAUCCUCUGUAUAAUAUAGCAUCACUGGCUGCCCUUUCAAGUGCAUGGAGUUUGCUCCUAAGGUAUGAAUUCAAGAAUAAUCAUGCUGAAUGGGUCACUAGAGUGAAUCCUGAUUUAGGUCCAGGAAUAUCUGAACGGGUAUGGGAAGCUGUUAGAACAACAGGAGAAAAUAUUGGUACUUGCCACUCUGUAAAGACCGAGUUGCGUGCUGCUCUUUCUGCUCUCAUCGGGGAUUGUGGCGUCCUUGCCCUUCCCACAGUUCCUGGGGCUCCUCCCAAACUACAAACAGAUCCAACAACACUGGAAGCUUUUGAAGCUCAAGCUUUCAGCUUUUUGUCAAUUGCAUCAGUAUCCGGAUUCUGUCAGGUGAGCAUACCUUUAGGUACGCACGAUAACCUUCCUGUGUCAAUCUCUUUGCUGGCCAGACACGGUUCAGAUUCAUUCUUGUUGAAUCUUGUGGAGACUUUGUAUGAUACUCUCCAACAAGAAAGUGAAAUUGCUGAGAAAAUGAUUAGUUAAAUCUAGGCCGUAUCUCAUGUUAUACAGUAAGUUUCAUUUCGCUUUGAGAUAAUUUCAUUAAUGGCAUCUUCCUGAUGCUCUCUACUGCUUGAGUUAUUCCUAUGUAUUUGCAAUUAUAAAUUUAUAAUACAUACCACCAAGGCGUUUGAGAACUUUCAAUAUUUAUUUCAUUUGGCUUAGUUCUUAGAACAGCUUCUCAUUGCAGAAACUUCAAUACAGCAAAUUGGGUUUU